CUGGAAAGAAACAAGCCAUCAGCUUGUUUUUAGCAAACAUUAAGUCAUCCUCAGUAUGAGCCGUUACUCAGUGGAGCGGAUGGGCCUUUGGUAUAAAGGGAGCGUGGCAGCAGAACUCCCCACCUUGGCCUCGCAGAUCCCUCCUGCCCCACCAACACCAGCUUCCAAGCACCAAGUCUGCAGCAUGAGGGGCACAGUGCUAGCACUGGUCUCACUUGCACUCUUGAUCACAGCACAGGAAGGCAAAGGUGAAGGGAACAGCGUGCGGCUCUGUGGGAGAGACUUUGUCAGAGCCAUAGUCUUCACCUGUGGCGGCUCUCGGUGGAAAAGGCACUUGACUGAUUAUCAGUACCUGUUUGAGAGUGAAAAUCCCCUGCCUCUCUCACAAGAGAACAAUGGCUAUGCUGACCCCUCGACGUACGCAGACCAGAGUCUGGAGACCAACAGCGAAGAAAUCCACAAUGUCAAGCCUGAGACAGAGCAGGACUUGCAGCACUCCAGGAAAACAUUUAUGCUGCAAAAGCGUGAGGUAGCUAAGCUGCUCACCACAUCCUGCUGCAGCAUCGGCUGCAGUGAGAGGGAUAUCAGCACCCUGUGCUGAAACACAGCAGAUGCUGACGAGGUUUGAUGUCACGGCUUUCACAUAAUAAA